CUGAAGGAGCCCCCACCGCAGCCGCGCUCUGGGUCUACCCCACGGAGCGGCUGCCAUCCCCGGCCCCGGCGACCUCCCUACCGCCGCAGUUUGGGCGGCAGGGACCGCGGGGAUCCCCUCUUAUUCGGGCCCCGGGACGUCCGCCGCCCCCAGCCCCUGCCCCUCCUUGCUUCCCAGACGGCUGGAGCCUGUCCCGGAGGACGCUAUUCCCGGCCGCUCCCCGCCGCCCGGGCAUCUCGGCGGCCAGCCCGACUGGGCAGCGGGCAUCUGCGAAACUAGCCCCGCCUGGCACUGGGCAUCUCGGGCACCAGCUGUCUCUGGCGCCGCCCAGCUUCUCGCGACUUCAGGGCGGUGGGCUUCUGGGCGCCUUUCCUCCCCCCGCUCGCUGGCCAGGACGCUGGUGAGCUCCCUGCGUCUCCGGCCCCUUUGGCCGCCACCGCCGCGAUGCUGCCCUGGAGGCGAAACAAAUUCGUGCUGGUGGAGGACGAGGCCAAGUGCAAAACGAAGAGCCUGAGCCCGGGGCUCGCCUACACGUCGCUCCUCUCCAGCUUCCUGCGCUCCUGCCCGGACCUGCUGCCCGACUGGCCGCUGGAGCGCCUGGGCCGCGUGUUCCGCAGCCGGCGCCAGAAAGUGGAGCUCAACAAGGAGGACCCGACCUACACCGUGUGGUACCUGGGUAACGCCGUCACCCUGCACGCCAAGGGCGACGGCUGCACCGACGACGCGGUGGGCAAGAUCUGGGCGCGCUGCGGGCCGGGCGGGGGCACCAAGAUGAAGCUGACGCUGGGGCCGCACGGCAUCCGCAUGCAGCCGUGCGAGCGCGGCGCCGCAGGGGGAUCGGGGGGCCGCAGGCCGGCGCACGCCUACCUGCUGCCGCGCAUCACUUACUGCACGGCGGACGGGCGCCACCCGCGUGUCUUCGCCUGGGUCUAUCGCCACCAGGCGCGCCACAAGGCCGUGGUGCUGCGCUGCCACGCCGUGAUGCUGGCGCGGGCGCACAAGGCGCGCGCCCUGGCCCGCCUGCUCCGCCAGACCGCGCUGGCGGCCUUCAGCGACUUCAAGCGGCUGCAACGCCAAAGCGACGCGCGCCACGUGCGCCAACAGCACCUCCGCGCAGGGGGCGCCGCCGCCUCGGUGCCCCGCGCCCCGCUACGCCGCCUGCUUAACGCCAAGUGCGCCUACCGGCCGCCGCCGACGGAGCGCGGCCGCGGGGCGCCGCGCCUCAGCAGCAUCCAGGAGGAGGACGAAGAGGAGGAGGAGGAAGCGGAGGAGCGCGAGGGAGGAGCCCCCCAGCGCGAGCGGCCGGAGGUGCUCAGCCUGGCCCGGGAGCUGAGGACGUGCAGCCUGAGGGGCACCCCGGCGCCUCCGCCGCCGGUGCAGCCGCGCCGCUGGAAGGCCGGCCCCAGGGAGCGCGCGGGCCAGGCACGCUGAGCCCAGGAGGCAGGACUCGCCGCCCCAGACUUAAUGCCUCCAACCCCGGCCCUGCCCGCUUGGCUCCCCGCUCAUCCCCGGCCCUGCCUCCCUUGUGGUGUCCGUUGUCGCCUCAGCCCUCAUCCUGGCUCAGGGUGACACCUGAUGUGCUCUGGGUUAUUGGGGUUGUUCACCACCUCCCCCCACACCCAGAGUUUCCUGGGCCCGCCGUUGGGGAACUGCCCUCUCGCUUUACACCAAGUCUGUACCCACAGACCUUCCUGCUUCCAGCCAAAACAUCCUCUCAGGAGAAGGGGAGAGAAGUUUCCAGAAAUCAAGGACGGUGGGUUUGGACCUGGCAAGGGUGGAGGCAGUAGCCCUGCCCUAGGUCCCUCUAGUCUUUUUCCCUGGAGUAAGAGUCAUCCUGGAGAGGCAUUAUUAUAGGGAAAGAAUGGAGUGACUGGGGAAACUGAGGCCAGGCCCAUAAUGGGCACCGUGUCUGAACCGUGGAAUAACUCUCAGCCCUGUGUGGAGCCUCUCUAUGCCUUGGAGGACUCCUGGGACUUCACUGCUCUGCCUCUGGAGAAGACUGGCAUGGUCUCAACCACAUUCAAAGGACAGACUGGGCUGGUAGCUGCUCUGCACCAGGCAGCUGCCCAAGCCUGUGCCUUGGCACCCCUAAGGAUUCCUCGCCCCCCUUUACAGGCAGAUAAGUAUGGUCCCCCACUAGGUGCCCACAGCCAGGACCAAGAUGGGGCCUCCAAAGGAGGUGAGAAGAACUGUUGGCUGGUGUGUGGGGAUACAGAGGCUGGAGGAGAUGCCCCAAGUCAAGGCUCUGGGCCAGUAGGUCCCAUAGCAGGCUGAGGAAGGAGGGUGUGCGCCCCAACACAGGGAGGUGUCUCUACAAGGCCACAAAAAAGUCCAAAGAUCUGUGUCACCAACUGAUCAUUGUAAAUAAAGUGAUCUGCUUUUUCAGCCCUGUCA